UACACUUCACAAUUUUCUCUCACACAUUCUCUCAAGGCUCUGAUCUUUCGAAUCAUAAAUUUUAGGAAUUCUAGAUUUUAAGUUGAGGCGGUCUUACAAAAGGACAAACCAACAAAAAAUAUAUUUUUUUCGCCCAGCAAAAAGUCAAUUCAUCAUGAAAUUCUCAAUCUCAGCACCGAAGCAGGUACAACCAAUCUUGAGCUUCAAAAACAAACCAUCCAUUGUCAACGUCAACUCUUUCCUCCAUCCUCACGAAAAAGUCGUCUUCGUAAUGGGAGCCACUGGAUCCGGCAAGUCUCGUCUCGCCAUCGACCUAGCAACACGGUUUCAAACAGAUAUCAUAAACUCCGACAAGAUCCAAGUUUACAAGGGCCUCGACGUCCUUACAAAUAAAGUGACACCUCAAGAAUGUCGAGGCGUGCCUCACCACUUGCUCGGGGUAUUUGACUCGGAAGAUGGAAACCUAACGGCCACCGACUUCGCUCUCCUUGCGUCACAAGAGAUCUCAACACUCUCAGCUAACAACAAGCUUCCUAUAGUAGCCGGUGGAUCAAACUCAUACAUCGAAGCACUUGCGAACCAUUCGUCUGGACCAUUGUUAAACAACUACGAAUGUUGUUUCAUUUGGGUCGACGUUUCCUUACCAGUUCUUAACUCUUUCGUCUCAAAACGUGUCGAUCGUAUGAUGGAAGCAGGAUUACUAGAUGAAGUAAGACAAGUAUAUGAUCCCAAAGCGGAUUAUUCUGUCGGGAUACGACGAGCUAUCGGAGUCCCCGAGCUCCACGAGUACUUACGGUACGAAUCUCUAGUGGACCGUGCCACACAAAGAAAGAUGCUUGACGUAGCGGUUAAAAAGAUCAAACAGAACACAGAGAUAUUAGCUUGUCGACAGUUACAAAAGAUUCAACGCCUGAGCAAGAAGUGGAAGUCGUGUAUGCACCAUGUGGACGCCACGGAAGUGUUCUUGAAACAUAAUGAAGAAGAAGCAGACGAGGCUUGGGAGAAUCUUGUAGCGAGACCAACAAAGAGAAUCGUCGACAAGUUUUCUAAUAGACAUGUGAUGAAAAAUGAUUCUGUUGAGCAUUGUUUGACCACCAUUGGAGCGGCGUCAUAGGACGGAGGAAGUGGAAGUAGGGCUCACAAUAUGAUAUGAAAUUUUGUUUUCCUAUUGCGAAAGUGAAGCUUUUUGGAGUGCGAGUUAAAACACGUAUGUGUGUGUGGUGGUUAUUCGUCGGAGGUUUUUUGCAACAUACAGGUGUGUGCCAUAGUACCUCGGGGGAAAGACGAAAAAGGUUUUUUUUUUUUUUUAACGUUUGUAUAGUUGAGAUUCCCUUAUAUUAAAUGUUUGAUACCUAUUUGAGUAUUUGACUACAAGCUCACGAUAACCAAAAGUUAU